AUGGGCAAAAGAGCGCUUGUUUUCGGCGCCAGCGGUGUGACCGGGUGGUCAUUCAUCAAUGAGUUUCUCAAUGACUACCCAAAGAAGGACAUCUGGGAAGGUGUGGUUGCCAUGACCAACAGGCCGCUUAAGCAAGAAGAUUCGCUGUGGCCGGCAGAUCCUCGACUCCAGAUUGUCUCUGGGAUCAAUUUACUGGGGAGCCAGCAGGAGAUUGAGCAAUCGCUACAGCAAAAUGUCAAGGACGUUGACAAGAUCACUCACGUCUACUAUUUAGCCUACAAAGCAAACGCGGAAAUGCAACAAGAGCUCGAAGACGCAGUCGAUAUGUUCAAGCGUUCCACGAUAGCCAUGGACAAACUCAGCCCAGCUCUCGAACUCGUCGUCCUACAGACCGGCGCGAAGAUGUACGGAUGCCAUCUCCUUGAGAACCACCCUACAGACUACAUCCACGUCCCGCUGUCAGAAGAUCAGCCUCGACUGAAGCAACCAUACCAUGACAGGCUCUUCUACCACCCACAGCUAGAUUGGAUUAUCGAAUACGCAAAGGACAAGAAAUGGAGCUGGUGCGAGACCCGGCCGGACAUCAUCAUUGGCUUUGUUCCCAAUCAGAACUUUUAUAGUUUAGCCACUGUUCUCGGCAUCUUCUUAAGCCUUUACGCAAGUGUUGAGGGCGAAGGAAAGGAGUGUCCCUUCCCUGGGACAGAGAAGUCCUGGGCGGCAAAGUCCAACGACAGCUCUUCGGAUAUGAUUGCCAGGCAGACCAUCCACUUGUCCCUGAACCUGCCUAAGGAGAAGAAUGGGGAAGGCUUCAAUGUUGCUGAUGCUAAAGAGCCGGAGUCUUGGAGCACGAAAUGGCCUACACUGUGUGCUUACUUUGGGCUUAAGGGGACGGGACCUGGUAAGGAGAGCCAAGAGGUCAGAAAGUAUAUCAAUGAACAUAUUGAGGAUUGGAAGAAGUUGGAGGGGCUAUAUGGUCUCAAGAAGGGGGUUGCGGACUCUGAUCUAACGUUCAAAGGGUUUGAGGUGAGUCGAAAUGCUCAGAUGAUCCUGUACUUCCAAUUGCUGAUGCUUGCGCAGUACUUCCUCAUGGUCCAAUUCGACUUCGACCGGCAAUACGAUAUGACGAAGAUGUACUCAACGCCAAAGAGCAACCCGUUCACGGAAGAGCGAAGUACAGAGCACGCUUGGGGCCUGGUGUUCGAUCGAAUGCGCGGAGGAAAGCUGAUACCACAAGAUUCGAAGGCAACUUGA